CUAAUGUAACAUUCUUUUUCCUCAAUUUUGUUCUUAAGGAUACCAACCGAAACCUGAAACACGUUGACCAGAUGCUAGGACAGUACAGAGAGUACAACAAUGAACAGACUGAAGCUAUAGCAACUUUAAAAGAGACACUGGAACAAUCUAUAGGCCAAUUAAGGAGCCAACGAUUGUCCAGAAAUUCUGGAAUGAGAAGUGCCUCUCUUUCAAGUUUAUACACAAGUGACCUGGAUGGUGAAGCAGCCACAGGGAGCCGCCAUUUCCAGCCUACCUCACCUCUCAGGGAUUAUGGAGACUCACAGACCACUAGACGUCGGAGGUCUAGGUCUGCUAAUGUCCGGUUUGUCGAUGAGGCCAAUAAUUUGGACCAGCUACAUUCCUUACACCACUCCCUUCGAGACCUGAGCAGUGAACAGGUUCGCCUAGGAGAUGAUAUCAGCAGGGAGCUUUCAAGAAGAUACCGGACUGAUGCAGAAACCAAAAAGAUCUUGGCAGACUUGUCUGAAAAGCUCACUGAAUCCCAAAGACAAGAAACCGUGUCAGAGCGGGUAGAGAGAAGACUUCAAGAGAUAGAACAAGAAAUGCGCACAGAAAGGCAGGUGGCAGAAAGACGCCAGGACCAACUAGGACAUAUGUCUGUGCAGUUGCAGGAGGCUUUAAGGAAACGAGAUGCUAAAGCUGAUGAAAUGGAAGGACUGAUGAAAAAUAAACUUUUGAAAUCUGAAAAUGAAAAGAGCAAACUUGAGCAGGAGUUGGAGCGGUCCCAGAGGAAGUUGGAUCAGUCAGAAGACAGUCGAGAAGCUCUUCUGCAUCAGAUUGAGGAUCUCCAUUCCCAAUUACUGAAAGCAGAAGCAGACCGCAUGGAUUUGCAGCAUCAAGUUUCACAGGUUGCCAUGCACCGCCAAAGCUGCCAUGAUGAGCAAGAGGACGACAGGAGAAUUAGAUCAGUUGUUGAAAGGUCUGAGCGGGAGAAGCAAGAAUUGGAGAAACAGAUCCUGGAGUUAAGAGCAAAGCUGAAUCAUAGUGCUGUCAUGUCAGAGGUAGAGGAGUUGAAGCGUUGCAUAGAGCACAAGGAUAAGGAGAAAGCACAACUUGCAAUGCACAUAGAGGUGUUAACAUCUGACUUGGAAAACAGGGAGAAGCAGCAACAAAGGAUGCUGGACCAGCUGAAGGAGAUACAGAGCUGCUACAAGGCCUGUGAGAGUGAACGGAGGCAAACUGAACUCCAAACUGCUGAGCUGGCCCAGCAACUUGAAGAGUCUACUAAGGAAGCAGAUCGAUACCUUGCUGAAUUCAGGCAGUCUGAGACCCUUAGGCUAGAGACUGAGAAGAAGAAAGAAGAGUUGAAAGUGAAAGCUCAGGAAUCCAUUCGACACUGGAAGCUGAAAUAUAAGAAAUUGGAACGUGAUAUGGCAAAACAGAAUGAAACCAUCAAUCAGCUGAUGGACAAGAGCAAUCAGGUCCUUAAAGAGAAGGAUGACCUGAAGGCUCAGCUUCUCUCUGCUAUACAUCAGAUAGAAAACCUUCGGAAGGAGCUGAGUGAUGUGCUUACAAAGAGGGCCCAGCAAGAAGAGGAACUCCAUUGUAAGGAGGUGAAGCUCAGUGAAACCAAGUCUCAACAGAUAGUUCUUGAGCAAGAGAUCAGGGAAGUCCAAGAUAAAGCAAAUAAACUGGAGAGUGAGUUGCAAAAGCAGAUCCUGGUACAGAACCAGAUGAGAAAUGAAAAAGAACGUUUAGAGGAAGAGCUUGAAACCGCUAACAUGAUCAAUGAAAAAGACCAGGAAAGAUUCUUAGAGAUGCAAGAAGAUAUAAAAAACUUAAGUGCUAUUCGGGCAGAGCUGACAAACAGAAUAGCAGAGGAAGAAAAAGUCAAGAAAGAGAUUCUCAAGAACUUUUCAGACCUUCAAAAACAUCAGGCGUCUAAGCAAGAAGAGAUGACUACAACUAGUUGGCAGCUGAAGAUGGAGAGAGAUGUUCACCAGCAGCAGCUGGCAGAUCUUAGAUCAGAGUUGAAGAAUGUGAAAACAAAGCAUGAGAGAAAUGUUCAAGAGCUGAUGAAGCUCUUUAGGCAAGAAAAGGAUGAGACAGAGAACCACAUUAGGAGGCUGAAGACAGAACUUGUAGAUGAGAAAAAUGUAGUAAAAGCUCAGCGUCGACAGGUGGAGAAGAUGAAAACUGAAUGUGAUAAGAUGACAGAAGAGUUAACCCAGAGCGAACAGGAAAACACAAAACUUAGACGGAAAUAUGAGCUUGUGAAACAGGAACUGGAGGAAAAGGAUAAACAGAUAAGCAGUGAAGAAGAUCAUUUGAGGAGGAUGGAGGAGGCCAGAUUACAGCUUAGGGAUCAGCUGCGUUGUCUAGAGACAGAACAAGAAUCCAUUCUCACCAUGAUAGGAAGUGAAAUUGAUGCAGCUUGUGAAAUCCUUUCCAGGGACUCUGUGGAGAAAUUCAAAGCAAUAUCACUUACACCUGGGUUACAGAAUGACCCUCAUCGCUGGUUAGCAGAAACAAAGACUAAACUUCAAUGGAUGUGUGAAGAGGUGAAAGAGAGAGAAAGCAAGGAACGGAAGCUGCGGCGCCACCUAUUGCAGAGUCGAGAGCAGCUUAAGCACUUGACAUUGAGCAAGGAGUGCGAGCAUCAAUCUCUCUUUGAACAAAUAAAAAAGCAAGAACAUAUCCUGGAGGAAGUUAACAGAGAAAAGAGAGAUCUGCUGGAGAAGACUCACAGGAGAGAGGAAGAAAUGGCAGCGCUACAGGAGCGUAUCAUGGUCUUAGAAACAAGUACCCGAGUGGCCUUGGACCAUCUAGAGUCCGUUCCUGAGAAACUGAGUCUUUUGGAAGAUUUCAAAGAUUUUGGAGAAUCUCAUCGUCAGAGGGAGAUAAUUGAAGAGAGAUACACUAAAUACAAGGAAAUUGUGGGCUCUCUGCAACAGCAGCUGGAGGAUUCAAAGCGCAGAAUCAAAAACUUCAAAGAUGAGAAAAUGGAUGCUGAUGUUUCUGACAUACAAGCGGCAACUCUCUCCUCCAACUGGCGGACUAAAACCAGCUUUAUGUCUAGCUCACUGCUUUCAGAUUCAGGCUCAUUUAUGAGAAGAAUGAUUCCUUUCGAUUUAAAUACAACCAAGGAAGAUCCCAUUAGUAUUGCUGUCAAUGAAAUGAAGUCACAAGCAGAAAAAGAGAAGCACUAGAGCAGCUAAAAAUUAUGCAAAAACACCACAGCUUUCCUUGCUGGAGGUUCAAUUCUGCUCCAUUGUUUUAAAACAAUAAUAAUUCUGUCUGUAAUCAAGCACAGCUGCACUUACAGGAGUGAUGCAGCUUCAGUAACUUAUCAAUUGCCAAAUAUUGACUGAAAGUUCAUCAUAGUUGUUUCAGGGGAGUGAGGCUAUUUAAACCUGAAGAUAACGGUAUGUACCACAUCUGCCAAAGGGUUUCAUGGCAUAAAGCUUUGUCCUCUUUGCAUUCAUUUCUAUAGUUCGCCUGACUAAAGUUUAUUCUUGCUUAUAGCAUGCAUGGAUUCUAAAGAUUACUAGCUGAAAAACUAGUACACAAACUUUUGCCAAGAGCAAAAUUACAGGUGUAAGGAAAUUUGGUUGACACUUAAAUUUAAGCAUUAUUUAAUAAUGAUUAAUGAUCAAGAAACAAUUACUAGAAAUUACUUUUGUCCCAGUAUAUUAUAAGAGGCUUUAUAAUACGUUGUAGCAAAAUAUAUACAUGCUUUUAGGUAUUUCAGUUUAUAAAAACCAUGUAACAGGUCAUUAACUAUUAGAAAAGAAUCCAGUCAGCAAAGUUUAAAACUAGAACCAAAUUUUCCCAAAGUUGAAGGGACUUUAGAUCAUAGACUGCACCAAACUAUCUCUAUUGUAGGGGUUUAGAAUUAUUUCUAAAAUAUAAUAUCUUAUAAUCCAAUGGUACGGCAAGAAGGCAGUAUUAUCUAAUGGUUAGAGCAGGGUCGGCAACGUUCGGCACGCUGCUCGCCAGGGUAAGCACCC